UAGACAAGCCGCCUCUGUUCCCGUUUCACUCUCUAUACCUUUCGCUCUCUAAAGUAGCAGAGAUUUGAGAGAGAGAGAGAGAGAGAGAGAGUCAUCGAGCUUUUGGAGUGGAAACGACACAAAAUUCAUUUCUCAAAGCUCUCCGAAUAUCAUCUUCAACCAGGUGACAUUUUCAUUCUCAAACUCUUUCACUUUCGAUCUUCAAACAUGUCUGCAAAAUGGCGAGCCUUACAACAUCGUCAUCGCUACACUUAUAGCGCUGUAAUCUUCCCACAGUCUUUCAUAGAAGCUUUGAAUUCAUUGACUAUAGAUACAAAUUGUUGUAAAUUCUACCUUGAAUUGAAAGAACUCAUAUCUCUCAAUUCAUUCUAUGCACAAGUCAAUCAUGUAAAGAAAGUCGCUUCGGCUUUUGCAGACUUGUUAGUGAAUGGUGAGGAGGGUUUUGUUUCAGAGGCCGCUAGGUUUUACUUGGAAAUUCUAUUUCUUGAGAAUUCUUUGCCAUUGCAUAAAACUUUGGUUUCUGUUCUUGCUAAAAAUCGGAACUUUCAGUCUCUGAUUGGUGAUUGUUUUCGAUUGCUCUGUGACGAGUAUGGUGGUGUGAAUGGGAAAGGGAAGAGGUUUUGCGUGUCGCGUGUGGCGUUGUCGAUGAUGAGUUCGCCCAAGUUAGGGUAUUUAGUGGAAGUUGUUGAAGAAUGUGCUAUUUUGGUGGCUUUGGAUAUAGUGGCUGGUUUGAAUUCUGUGGUUCCUGAGACUUGUGAGUGGUCUCAGCCUUCACCAAUUGUUAUGGAACAAUGCCAAGAGGCUUUGUCUUGUAUGUAUUACUUGCUUCAGCGUUUUCCUUUGAAGUUUAGUGGAUCAAAUGGUAGUCAGAAUGGUUUGUUUCUGGUGGAUUCCAAUGUUUUGGAGAUAAUUUUAACUACCAUUUUAAGCAUUUUGAAGUCGUUGGCCUUCUCAAGGGAUUGUUUUGUUGCUGCUGGGGUGAGUUUUUGUGCGGCUCUCCAAGUGUGUCUCAACCCUGAAGAGCUCGGUUUGGUUAUCAUGGAAGGUUUUUUCAAUCUAAGAGGUUGUAGUUUAGUUGAUAGUCCCAAGCAUCUGUUUACGGAUGCAAUCAAGAAGGUUCCAUACAAGGGAAAUUUGUUUUGUGAAAUCCGGAAUUUUUCUCUAUUGAGUAGACUCUGCUUGAUUAGAGGGAUUCUUACAGCAAUUUCAAGAACAGUACUCAAUUCCCAUUUUAUUUUGUCAAUGGAUGAUUUGAAGGGUUUUCAUGGUCAUGGAGAUAGUAUUAACACAGUUCAGACAAUUCUUUAUGAUGGGAUUUUGCCUGAACUGUGUAACUAUUGUGAGAACCCAGUUGAUAGUCAUUUUAACUUUCAUGUGCUAACUGUAAUGCAGAUCUGUUUUCAACAGAUAAAAACCUCUAUACAAGCUAAUCUUGGUAAUCCAAGAGAAGAUUAUGAUCCACUAUCAGAGGACAUGGGGGCUCGAAUAUUGAGGAUUAUAUGGAAUAACCUGGAAGAUCCUCUUAGCCAAACUGUCAAACAAGUUCAUCUUAUUUUUGAUCUCUUCUUAGACAUUCAGUCUACCCCUCAUUGGGCAGAGGAUAGUGGGAAGAUAAAGUUGGGCUUACGUAAAAUUGCAUUGGAUCUGCUCCGCCUGGGACCACGUUGCAAGGGAAGAUAUGCUCCUUUAGCUUCUCUGACGAGGAGAUUGGGAGCGAAGACUAUUUUAGAUAUGAAUCCUGACUUACUGUUUGAAACUGUACAUGCUUACAUUGAUGAUGAUGUUUGUUGUGCUGUCACGACUUUCUUGAAGUGUUUCCUUGAGUGCUUGCGUGAUGAGUGCUGGAGUAGUGAUGGUAUUGAAAGUGGUUAUGUGAAAUACAGGAGUAAUUGUUUGCCUCCCUUCUUGUUUGGGCUUGCUUCUGGAGUUUCAAAGCUCCGCUCAAAUUUGAACACUUAUGCUCUGCCAGUGUUACUUGAACUUGAUGUGGAUAGUAUAUUUCCCAUGCUUGCUUUUGUAUCAGUUGGGCAAGGUGGAGAAGACACUGAACUGGUUUAUCCGGAGCUCAGUUGUACGGAUAUGGUUCUGAGAGUUGAACAGCAAGUGGCUGUUUUAGUAUCAUUACUUAAAGUGUCUCGCUUGCUUGCUUUGAUGGAAGGGGACAUUGAUUGUUUUGAGAAUUCUUUAGUAUCACAGGAAGUGGGAGGGCUGAGAAACAAAAAUACAUUUCGUUAUGCUAAUUUCUGCAUAAAGGGAAUAAAACUUAGAGUCCCAGUUGAGUGGCUAGUACUGGCACUGACUCAUGUUGAUGAGUCACUUCGUAUAGAUGCAGCAGAGUCUCUGUUCUUAAACCCCAAGACAUCUAGUCUGCCAUCCCCUUUAGAACUGAGUCUGAUGAAAGCAGCAGUGCCAUUAAACAUGAGGUGUUGCUCCACAGCUUUUCAGAUGAAGUGGACCAGCUUGUUCAGAAAGUUCUUUUCUCGGGUUCGGAUAGGCUUAGAGAGACAAAUGAAGCAGGGAAGCUGGCAACCUCUUCUAUCCUUUGAUGAUAACAAAGUCCAUUUAUAUAAGAAAACUGAGGAAAUGGUGGUUAACAGAGCGGAGAAUCUCUUUCUUUUCAUGAAGUGGUUGAGUUCCUCUUUGUUUUUCUCAUGUUAUCCUUCUGCUCCGUAUGAGAGAAAAAUAAUGGCCAUGGAUCUCAUAUUGGUGAUGCUUAAUGUUUGGUCCAUUGCACCUUCUUUGCAAGGAAAGUUAGAUUCUGUUUCUUCUGAAAGUAUUUAUCCUUAUAAUAGGGGGUUUACUUUGCCUGAUUCAACUUUGCUGUUGGUAGGAUCAAUUAUUGAUAGUUGGGACAGGCUGAGAGAGAGUUCUUUCCGCAUUCUGCUAUAUUUUCCUACCCCGCUUCCUGGCAUUUCAGAUCAAGACAUGGUUUGGGAGGUAAUUAUAUGGGCUCAAAAAUUAGUUUGCAGUCCCCGUGUUAGAGAAAGUGAUGCUGGAGCUCUGACUUUACGGCUUAUAUUUAGGAAAUAUGUAUUGGAGCUUGGUUGGAUAGUCAGAGCUUCAUGUAAUGUUGUUUCUUCUCAUUCACGGUGUGAAAGGCCAAAAGGGGUUUUUCAAAAUUGUACAUCUAACUCUCCAACAAUAGAAUAUCUAAGAUCACUGAUCGAUUGGUUGCAUGUUGCUGUUGAGGAGGGAGAGAAGAAUCUUUCUGAAGCAUGCAAGAACAGCUUUGUUCAUGGGGUAUUGCUUACUCUUCGUUAUACUUUUGAAGAAUUGGAUUGGAAUUCCAAUACAGUCUCAUCUAGUAGUUCUGAAAUGAGACAUGCAUUAGAGAAGCUAUUGGAGUUGGUCAUGCGGAUAACUUCCUUGGCCCUUGGGGUGGUUUCUGCAGAUGCUUGGUAUUUACCUGGGGGCAUGGAUGAUAUGGUGGAUGAUGAUGAAGUUUUUUUAUCUGAGGUUCACCUCGAGAUGGAUGUGUCCAUGUCAGCAGCAGAACAGGACGUUAAAAACUCAAAACUCGCGCAGGAUGUCCAACCAUCAGAACAGAUUGUUAUGGUAGGUUGCUGGCUCGCUAUGAAAGAGGUGAGUCUUCUUCUGGGAACCAUCAUAAGAAAAAUUCCUUUGCCUACUUCAGAAUCAUCAAAGUUUGGAAACUCAUUUUGUGAUGCUGUUGGCCCAACCACAUCUGAUGUAAUGCUUGAUUUGAAGCAACUUGAGACAAUUGGGAACCACUUCUUGGAAGUCCUUCUAAAAAUGAAGCAUAAUGGUGCAAUUGAUAAGACAAGGGCUGGAUUUACAGCUCUUUGCAACCGUUUACUUUGUUCAAAUGAUCCAAGACUUUGUAAGUUGACGGAAUCUUGGAUGGAGCAACUUAUGGAAAGAACUGUGGCCAAGGGACAAACAGUGGAUGACUUGUUGAGGAGAAGUGCUGGUAUUCCUGCGGCAUUCACAGCUCUUUUUCUCUCAGAACCAGAAGGUACCCCGAAAAGGCUCCUCCCAAGGGCACUACGAUGGCUAAUAGAUGUAGCAAACAGAUCUUUGCUGGAUCCAACUGAAAUGAACUUCACAAAUGGUGACACAUGUAAUAAUGUAUUAACAAAGUCGAAGCAAGCAACUGUUUCUGCAUGGCCACCCGAGAUGGAUGUGAAUGAAAAGGCCUCAAAGCUUCGAGAUGAGGGUGUUGUUCCCACUGUGCAUUCAUUCAAUGUACUUAAAGCUGCUUUCAAUGAUACCAAUUUAGCAACAGAUACAUCAGGUUUUUCUGCUGAGGCUCUGAUUAUCUCGAUACGUUCUUUCUCAUCUUCAUAUUGGGAGGUCCGGAACAGCGCCUGCCUUGCAUACACUGCCUUGGUUCGUCGCAUGAUUGGAUUCCUUAAUGUGCAGAAACGAGAAUCCGCACGCCGUGCAUUAACUGGGCUUGAAUUUUUUCAUAGGUAUCCUUCAUUGCAUCCAUUUUUAUUCAAUGAACUGAAAGCUGCAACUAAGUUGCUUAAGGAUUGGUCCUCCGAACAUCCAGAAUCCAACUUUGCAAAUGUUGUGCACCCAAGCCUGUGCCCUGUGCUAAUCAUUUUAUCACGGUUCAAGCCCUCUACAAUUACAAGUGAAACUGGAGAUGCCCUCGACCCUUUCCUGUUCAUGCCAUUUAUAAGGAGAUGCUCUAUUCAAAGCAAUCUUCGAGUUCGUGUUCUUGCAUCAAGAGCCCUAAUUGGAUUGGUCUCUAAUGAGAAACUACCAAUUGUCCUACUCAAUAUUGCCUCUGAUUUGCCUCGUACGGAGGAUCAAAUGAGAUCAGCUUCAGACUCAUCAGACGCAUUCAGCACAGCCAAUGGAACACAUUGUGCGUCUUUUAAUUCAAUUCAUGGAAUGCUACUGCAGUUAAGCUCUCUUCUGGAUAAUAAUUGUAGAAACCUUGUCGAUUUCUCUAAGAAAGAUCAGAUUCUCGGAGACUUAAUCCCAGUUCUUGUGAUGCGUUCAUGGAUUGGAAGUCCCAGAUUGUGCCCUUGCCCCAUCCUCAACGGCAGUUUCUUAAAUGUGCUAGAUAAAAUGCUAAGUAUUGCUAGAACGUGCCAGACAAGCAAAAGCAUUAGUGCCAUUUGGAACUUCCUUUGGGAGUUAUCUUCAGAAUGUUUAGAUGUAGAAUCUUCUCAAGGGGCAUCAUAUUAUGAUCCAACUGUAGCAGAACUUCGCAAACAAGCAGCAAUUUCCUAUUUCAAUUGUGUUUUCCAAGCAUCUAAAGAAGUAGCUGAAGAAGAUAUCCUGAUGCCACAUAAAUGCUCUACACCUGCUUCUUUGUUGGUGUUACCUGAAAUAGAGAAUGCUAUUUCUAAAUUUCAGGAAAGGUUGAUAUUCUCCUUAUCAGAUGCAUCAUACGAAGUUCGAAUUGCAACAUUGAAGUGGCUUCUUUUGUUUGUGAAAGCAACCACAUCUGGUACAGAGACCGGUGAUCAAUCUAUCAAUGAUACUAGCAUUACUUGGUGGUUCAGGACUAACCUCCAGCCAACACUGAUGAAGCUUUUAGCAGUGGAGAAGAACCACAGAUGUACACAUUACCUUCUAAGAAUUCUUUUUACAUGGAACUUACUUCAAUUUCAGAAACUGGGCACACAACAAUGUGCGGAAACAACAUAUGUAGGUGGCAUGGAUAGUAAUUCAGUGUACCAGUUUUGGGAUAAAUUGGUUUCUUUAUACAAGGUCACAAUACACAUAAAGACUCGAGAAGCACUCAUCUGUUGCAUGGGAAUAUGUGUAAAGCGGUUUGCAGAUCACUUUACAAGCUCUGUUCUUUCUUACAGAGGGAUGGGGAUUGCCAAAGGAUUUAGUCAACCUGAUCAAUGGGAGAGAUCAGCAUUGUACGAUUACAUUACUUAUUAUGUCAAACUGAUUGAACAACAUAGUGCCUCAUCAGAGCCUGUAAACAUGCGGAAGGCAGCUGUAGAGUCGAUUGUUGCAUCUGGUUUACUGGAACAAGCCAAGCUUAUCGGGUCUUCUGUCUUCAAUAACCAAAUUCCGUCAGAAGAUCCAAGUUCUUAUUCUGAAACAGAAGAUCCAAGUUCUUAUUCUGAACCAAAAGAAGCUGUCAAUAUUUAUGCACAUAAAAUACUGGAUGUAUGGUUCACAUGCAUCAAGCUUCUAGAGGACGAGGAUGUUGGGCUUAGAAGAAGGCUUGCUAUGGAUGUCCAGAAGUGCUUUACUUCCCAAAAAUCUCGAGAAAGCUGUGAGACUGGAGUGGUUCCAACCCAAGUGGAGAGAGUGAUUGAAUUGAGUUUUGAACAUCUAUCUUCAAUUUUUGGUCACUGGCUCGAGUACUUCAAUUAUCUUUCCUCAUGGGUUCUGAACACAGCUUACUAUGUGACAUCCAGAGGAGAUCUUGUUAGACGGGUUUUUGACAAGGAGAUCGAUAAUCAUCAUGAAGAAAAGUUGUUGAUAUGUCAGAUCUGUUGUUCCCACUUGGAGAAGCUUCAAAUUUCAAGAUCAUGGGCAGUUGACUUCCCUGACAAACUUUGGGCUAGAAAUUUCUUGAAAAAAUGGCGAACGAGAUUUUUCCGUCAGUUGAUAUCAUUCUCCAAUGACCAUGUUGGUAAACAGGGAGGGAUUGAGUGGAUUGGUGGUAUGGGUAACCAUAAGGAUGCGUUUUUGCCCCUAUAUGCAAAUUUGCUUGGCUUUUACGCCCUUUCAAACUGCAUUUUUAGUGGGGAACCCGAGGAUUGUGAGUCUCUGCAUUGUGAUGCUGUUGAACUUGGGAAAACUAUCCGUCCAUUUCUUAGAAACCCUCUGAUUUCGAGCUUAUAUUCGUUGGUUAUUAAGUUACAUGAGAAGAUGGCCGGUGCUACUGCUGCCCAUUUGAUCCACAUUUCUAGAGAUGACUCUACCUGGGAUGAUUUUGAUCCUUAUUUUCUGCUUAGGUGAGACACAAUUUGUAUACUACAUUACUAUAUCUACUUGAUCCAUGUAGUAGAGAUUCAUAGGACUUAGAUUCUUGGGGAAAAGUAAUCACAAAUUUUCUCCCCAAAAUAUGUAUACGGUGUACUGUACUACAUUUUUAGCCUACACUGAAAUCUGGCUUCUGAAACCCUCAAUUUCACUCGUCUUUGGUCAUGCUUUACCCUCUUGUUCUCAUUAUAAGUGCUUAUAGUUCAGAUCUU